AUGGGGUACCAACUCGUCAAGAUUCAUGAGGUGUGGCAUUUUGAGCAUAGACAACGUGGACUCUUUGCUCCUUACGUCAACACUUGGUUAAAAAUUAAACACGAAAGUAGCGGUUACCCCGCCUGGUGCCAGACGGAGGAGCAAAAAGCCCACUACGUCCAACAGUACAAGCAGCGUGAGGGAAUCGAAUUGAAUCCAGCCAUGAUCACCAAAAACCCUGGAAGGAAAGCCACAGCCAAACUGAUGCUCAAUUCCUUCUGGGGCAAGUUUGGCCGAAAUUGUAAUAAGUCCAAGGUCCAUCAGAUAUCCCACCCAGCAGCACUAUUCAAUCUCCUCGACGACCCCUUGCAACAGAUCCAAGAGGUUCGUAUCCUUUCUCUAGAGUUGGUAGAGGUAGUAGCGAAACGCGACGACCAAGACCCAGAGAAAGGCCGUGCUACCAAUGUAUUCAUCGCUGCGUUUACCACCUGUCAGGCCCGCUUAAAGUUGUACGAGUCCUUGGAAAUUUUACAAGAUCGCGUGCUCUACUACGAAACCGAUUCGGUAGUGUACAAAUGGAAACUGGGAGAGUCAGAAAUUGCCUUGGGGGAUUAUUUGGGGGAUAUGACAAACGAGCUAGAGGAGGGAGACUUCAUUACAGAGUUCAUUUUAACGGGGGCCAAGAAUUGUGGCUAUGUUACGGCCAAAGGAAAGUCCUGCGUUAAAGUGAAAGGUUUCCCACUAAACGCGCGUUGGAUGGCCCAGUUGAAUUGCAAGGUGAUGAAACAGAACAUCCUGGAUGAAAUUCAACAUCCCUUGGACGAGGCAAGAAAGACAGAGAUUAUCAAUCCUGUACAUUUUGUACGGGAUCCGGUAAAAAAGAAAAUAAGAACAGAGACUCAAAUAAAGGCAUAUAGGUUAGUUUUUGACAAGAGGGUCUUGGAAAAUGGUACAUUUACAUCGUUACCCUAUGGAUACGAUAGAUUUAAUGAGGAAGAUAUAGAACUAGUCGAUUUUUCAGCAUUUUAA